UCCUGACCUCUACGGUAAGGCAUCACCGCCUGCUUCCUGUCCCUCCCCCCCGCUGGCUUCCUCGGCUGCAGAAGAGGCGCGUGCGGCAGGCCAAGAACUUGGGAUAAAAGAGUGAAGAGGGCCUCGUGAGAGGAGCUCUGUAGCAUCUGGGCAUUGAGAGCUUCAGCAUGGCCACCACCUACCCAAAGCCGGAGGAGAAGAGUCUCCAGGCCCUCCGAGAUGUCGCCAAUCGCCUUCGCAUUCACUCUAUUCGCGCCACUUGCGCCUCAAACUCUGGCCAUCCCAGCUCCUGCUGCAGUGCUGCCGAGAUAAUGUCUGUGCUCUUUUUUCACGCCAUGCGCUACAAGCCGAAUGAGCCAGGCCACCCGAGCAAUGACCGCUUUGUGCUCUCCAAGGGCCAUGCUGCGCCUGUGCUGUAUGCUGCGUGGGCUGAGGCCGGCUACAUCAAGGAGCCAGAGUUGCUAAAAUUGAGGAAAAUAGACUGCGACCUGGAAGGCCAUCCAACCCCUAGGUUGCCUUUUGUGGAUGUGGCCACUGGUUCCCUGGGACAGGGCCUGGGAGCUGCCUGCGGAAUGGCCUACACAGGCAAAUACUUUGAUAAGGCCAGUUACCGCGUGUACUGCCUGCUGGGUGAUGGCGAGUCCUCAGAGGGGUCUGUGUGGGAAGGCCUAGCCUUUGGCUCCCACUAUCAGCUGGACAACCUGGUGGCCAUCUUUGAUAUCAACCGGCUGGGGCAGAGUGAAGCAGCCCCGCUGCGACACGACAUGGACACCUACCGCAAGCGUUGCGAAGCCUUUGGGUGGAAUACCUAUGUUGUGGAUGGCCAUAAUGUGGAGGAAUUGUGUCGGGCCCUGUGGCAAGCAACCCAGCAGAAGGGGAAGCCUACGGCCAUCGUGGCCAAGACUUUCAAAGGGCGAGGAAUCUCAGGUGUGGAGGACGCUGACAACUGGCACGGAAAGCCUAUGCCGAAGGACAAAGUGGACUCGAUUAUCAACUCUCUUCAGAGCCAAAUCCAGAACAAUAAAGUCUCGCCCAUCCAGCCGCCUGCCGGAGAUGUGCCCCAGAUCAGCACUGCUGAUAUCAAGAUGCCUUCUCCACCUGCCUACAAAACUGGGGAAAAGGUGGCCUCUCGCAAGGCCUACGGUUUAGCCCUAGCAAAGCUGGGGAAUGCCAGCACUCAGGUGGUGGCCUUGGACGGCGACACUAAGAACUCGACUUUUGCUGAACUCUUCAAGCAGGCUCACCCAGAGCGCUACAUCGAGUGUUACAUUGCUGAGCAGAACAUGGUCAGCGUGGCUCUGGGCUGUGCCGCCAGGAACCGCACCAUUCCGUUUGCCAGCACCUUUGCGGCUUUCUUCACCCGGGCAUUUGACCAUAUCCGGAUGGCGGCCAUCUCGCAUGCAAACAUCAAGCUGUGUGGAUCCCACUGUGGAGUUUCUAUUGGUGAGGAUGGACCCUCUCAGAUGGCCUUGGAAGACAUAGCCAUGUUCAGAACCAUUCCAGGCUGCACUGUAUUCUACCCGAGUGAUGCAGUGUCUACUGAACAUGCCGUCUGUUUGGCUGCAAACACCAAGGGGAUAUGCUUCAUUCGAACCAGCCGCCCAGAGACUCAGAUCUUGUACUCCCAGGACGAAAAGUUUGGGAUUGGCCAUGCCAAGGUUGUGCGCAAGAGUGAUGCCGACAAGGUUACAGUUAUUGGAGCCGGCGUCACGCUCCACGAGGCCCUUGCAGCUGCCGAUGAGCUGGCUAAGCAAGGCAUCCACAUCCGGGUCAUUGACCCUUUUACAAUCAAGCCCUUGGAUGCUGCGACCAUCAUCUCCAAUGCCAGGACCACCGGAGGCCGUAUCAUCACCGUUGAGGAUCACUACAAGGAGGGAGGUCUUGGUGAGGCUGUGGCGGCAGCUGUCUCGGAAGAACCUGGUGUCUUAGUGCAGAGCCUGGCUGUGUCAGGCAUACCUCGAAGUGGGAAACCAGCGGAACUCCUAGAUAUGUUUGGGAUCAGCGCAAAGCACAUCGUGGCAGCUGUGAAGACCACCUUUGCCAACUGAUACUAUUGUCUUGAGGUUGGUGGGAAGGGAUGAUGGAGUUAUGAAAAAUGAGUUUCUGAAGGACAAAAAUGGCUCCCCAAACACACGUUUUGACUCCCAAACACACAUUGUCUGACUUCUUGUUUUCAAUUGUGACAGAAAUGCUGCUAACAUUCCCUUUGUGGGCUUUGACUUUGUGCUGAGAAUGAAAGUUUAAAAACUGACCAAGUUGCAGUCCUCCCCUACCCUCCGCCUCUCUCUCCAUCACUUAGGCAUUCUACUAAUUCUUAAACUACUCUCAUAUGUGCUGGGCCCCAAAGUGUCCUGGCCAUUGUAUGUGGACCAAAUAGCAGUUGUUUUACCUGAACCUGUUGACGCCUGUGCCUGCUGCCUACCUUACUUGGCUGUUGUCUUUUAGGCCUGAUGUUCCGGGGCCAUGUUGGGUAGAAUUAUUUGGGUGGUUUUCUACCAGGAGAAUACUGACAGACAAUUAAUUCUUGCCCGCAGAAAUGCUGUUGCCCAAAGUUCCACUUGUGAUACUAUUUCUGUUGUCUUAAUCACAAAUGAACGGGACCACUUUUCCUGUUUUCCAUAUACUGUAACCUCUGUUCAUGCACAGUGUUCAUCCAGCAAGUCAAUAAAAACAUGUUCUCAGCUGUUAA